AUGGCAUCAAUUAUCAAAUUUACAGCAUUAUCUGGAGCAAAAGAUGAAUCACCACCAUGUUAUUUAUUAGAAAUUGAUGAUUUUUGUAUAUUAUUAGAUUGUGGUCUAAGUUAUAAUUUAGACUUUUCAUUAUUAGAACCAUUGGAAAAGGUUGCAAAGAAAAUAGAUGCAGUAUUAUUAUCACAUUCAGAUACGACACAUAUUGGUGGGUUACCAUAUGUUGUUGGUAAAUAUGGAUUAACAGGUACAAUAUAUGGUACAACACCAGUAUUAAAGAUGGGUACAAUGUUUUUAUAUGAUUUAUAUGAGAAUAAGAUGUCACAAGAAGAGUUUCAACAAUAUAGUUUGGAUAAUAUUGAUAGUUGUUUUGGAGAAGAUAGAUUUAAAGAAUUAAGUUUUAGUCAGCAUUAUUCACUCUCUGGUAAAGGUAAAGGAAUAUCGAUAACACCUUAUUUGGCAGGACACACAAUUGGUGCAUCAGUUUGGAAGAUUACAAAAGGUACUUAUUCAAUUGUUUACGCUAUCGAUUAUAAUCAUAGAAAUGAAGGACAUUUAGAUAGUUUACAAUUGACAAGUGAUAUUUUGAAGCCAUCUUUGUUAAUUACCGAUUCAAAAGGUGUUGAUAAAACAUUAGCAUUCAAAAAAACAAUAACACGUGAUCAAUCAUUAUUUGAACAAAUCAAUAGAAAUCUUCGUGAUGGUGGUAAUGUUUUGAUACCAGUUGAUACGGCUGGUAGAGUGUUGGAAUUGUUACUUUGUAUUGAAAACUAUUGGUCAAAGAAUAAGAGUUUGGCUUUAUAUAGUGUGGUGUUUUUAGGUAGAUUUUCAUUUAGCGUUUGUCAAUUUGCAAGAUCACAAUUGGAAUUUAUGAGUUCGACUGCCUCUGUAAAGUUUGAACAAAAUAUAGAGAAUCCAUUCUCAUUUAAACAUAUUAAAAUCUUAUCAUCAUUAGAGGAACUACAAGAAUUACCCGAUACUAAUAAGGUUAUAUUAACAAGUUCACAAGAUUUAGAAACUGGUUUCUCAAGAGAGUUAUUUAUACAAUGGUGUUCAGAUCCAAAGACCUUAAUUUUAUUCACUCAAAAAAUACCAAAAGAUUCAUUGGCUGACAAAUUGAUCAAACAAUAUUCAACACCCAAUGGUAGAGGGAAGUGUAUUGAAAUUGUACAAGGCUCACGUGUACCAUUGACUGGUGAUGAACUUCUUCAAUAUGAAAUGGAACAAGCUAAACAACGUGAAGAGAAAAGAUUAGAACAAUUAAGAAAGGAACAAGAGGAACGUGAAGAACGUGAAAGAUUAGAAGAGGAAGAACGUGAACAACUUUUAAAUGCUACCAAUCAAGAUCAACUUCAACAACUACUCCAAUUACAACAACAAAAAGAAAGAGGCAUCAUCGAUGACUCUAUGGUUCACAUGAAGAAUCCAUUCGAAAAUGAUAGAUUCGAUCUAUUGGAUAGUGAAUUUAAAAAACAAUCAAUGAUAACCAUGUUUCCCUACUUUGAGAAACAUUUGAAAUGGGGUGAAUACGGUGAAGAGGACGAUGACCUAAUACUACGUAAUCAAGAUAAAAAAGUUGAAGAAGUAACAAUGGAAGAGGAUGAAAUUCAAGAACAAGAAAUACCAAAGAAAAUUAUAACUCAAACAUUACGUUUACCAAUCAAUUGUAAAAUUCAAACAAUAGAUUAUGAAGGCUGCUCCGAUGGUCGUUCAAUUAAAGCAAUCAUUCAACAAAUUGCUCCAACAAAGUUGGUAUUAAUUCGUGGAUCCGAACAACAAUCUCAAAGUAUUGAAAAUUAUGUUAAAGAAAAUAUUCGUACAAAAGGUAUUUACAUUCCAUCAAUCGGUGAACAAUUAGAUUUAACUUCUGAUACAAAUGUUUAUGAAUUACUCUUAAAAGAUUCUUUAGUAAAUACUUUAAAAACUUCUAAAAUUUUGGAUUAUGAAGUUUCUUAUAUUCAAGGUAAAGUUGAUAUUUUAGAUGGUUCAAAUGUACCAGUUUUAGAUUUAAUACAAUCAAUUCCAAUUAAUAAUAAUAAUAAUAAUAAUAAUAAUAAUAAUAAUAAUAAUAAUAAUAAUAAUAAUAAUACCACUAUGAUGACAACAACAACAACAACAACGAAUGGACAUGAUGAAUCAUUUAUUGGUGAUAUAAAAUUAUCAGAUUUAAAACAAGUUUUGGUAAAUGCUGGUAUACAAGUUCAAUUUGAUCAAGGUAUUUUAAAUUGUGGUGGUUUAGUCUACAUUUGGAGAGAUGAAGAUCAUGGAGGUAAUUCAAUUAUAAAUGUUGAUGGUAUAAUUUCUGAUGAAUAUUAUUUAAUUAAAGAAUUAUUAUAUAAACAAUUCCAAAUUGUUUAA